AUGGCGCCCCAAGUUAAUUUGAUAAUGUUUCUCUUUUCGUAUGUUGCAGGCCUGAGCAUUCUCAGUGCCAUUAAUACUGAGCGUUGUCUGUCUGUCCAUAAGCCCAUCUGGUAUCGUUGCUACCGUCCAAAACACAUGUCAUCUGUCAUGUGUACCUUGCUCUGGGCCCUGGCCCUGCUCCUGAUCAACCUGCUAUUGGUGUUCUGUGCCUUAUGGUUUGGAUAUCCUAAUAGAUAUUUCUGUGGUUUAACUGCUUACAGCAUUAUCACAUGGCCAUUUCUCUCCUUUGGGCUUCUAUUUGGGUCCAGCCUAGUGCUGCUGAUUAGAUUGUUGUGUGGCUCCUGGAAGAUAAAGCUGACCAGGCUGUACGUGACCAUCGGGCUCACAGUGCUGGUCUUCCUCCUCUGUGGCCUGCCCUGGGGAAUUAGUCGUGUUCUCUUAUACUGGAUGCCAACUAUUUCUUACAUGAACAACAUUAUAGUUCAUGAAGUGAUAGAUUUAUUAACCUGUGUCAAUAGCUGUGCCAAUCCCAUAAUUUACUUCUUUGUUGGCUCUUUUAGACAGCAGAGAAGACAGCAAAGAAGGAGCCUCAAAGUAAUUCUGCAGAGAGCUUUGCAGGAUGUUCCUGAGGAGGAUGGAAGCCAAGGCAGCCCCCCUCAGGAGACCCUGGAGAUGGCAGGAAAUACUCAUUUGACCUAA